CCGUGACGUAGGCGCACGGCGUGUGUUGUCAAAAGAAAAGAAAGAUGGCGUCGGUGUCGGAGAUGUACGAUGUUGGCUGGGAAGAGAUGAGAGACAAGCUGCGUAAGUGGAGAGAAGAUAACUGCAGGAACAGUGAACAAAUAGUGGACGUCGGCGAAGAGCUCAUCGGCGAACAUUCGUCCAAACUGGGCGACGACAUAUGGAUUAUUUAUGAGCAGGUGAUGAUCGCCGCGCUGGACUGCAGUCGGGAUGACUUGGCUCUGACCUGUCUGCAGGAACUGAGGAAGCAGUUUCCAGAUAGCCACAGAGUGAAGCGAUUAUCGGGCAUGAGGCUGGAAGCUUUGGAAAGGUACGACGAGGCCAACAAGCACUAUGAUACCAUUCUUCAAGAUGACCCCACCAACACGGCAGCAAGGAAGCGUAAGAUCUCCAUACUGAAGGCCCAGGGGAAGAGCGCCGAGGCCAUCCGGGAGCUCAACGAGUAUCUGGAGCAGUUUGUUGGGGACCAAGAGGCGUGGCACGAGUUGUCAGAACUCUACAUCAACGAACAUGACUAUGGAAAAGCUGCUUUUUGCCUGGAGGAGCUGAUGAUGACCAACCCUCACAAUCACUUGUACUGUGAGCAGUACGCUGAGGUGAAGUACACGCAGGGGGGGCUGGAAAACCUGGAGCUGUCCAGGAAGUAUUUUGCCCAGGCGCUGAGGCUGAACAACAGAAACAUGAGGGCAUUGUUUGGCCUGUACAUGUCUGCAAGUCACAUCGCUGCCAGUCCUAAAGUUAGUGCCAAGGUGAAGAAGGACAAUAUGAAGUAUGCUGCCUGGGCUGCAACUCAAAUAAAUAGAGCCUAUAAGAUGGCCGGUCGCGGGACGAAAGAGAACAAAUGCUCCGUGAAGGCCGUGGAGGAGAUGCUGGAGUCCAUGCAGAUCAACAUAUCCUAGGUGCCCUCGUCUUUGUCCCUUCUGUUCAGUCGGAGCAACACGGCAGCUCAAAUAGCCUUGCAAUGUGACCAUAUAACCACAUCACUGAUUCAUUUUUUUUUAUUUUUUUUUAAUCCCUUCAAGUUUGAGUCUGUGAUUGAGUGAACUUGACACGGAGAAUGGGAGACACUUCUUCCCUCACACGCAAAAAAUACAAUAUGAUUGACUUAACUUAUCCUCCCCACCCCGUUUUUUUUUUUUUUUUUAUUUGUUUCACCUUGAACUAAUAUAAGUAAUUACCACAUCCACAUCAAAGCUAUGACUAUGUGACCGGGAAAAGAUUGCAAGCUGUACAGUAACUGCUAUUUAUAGAGUCCACACCUGUCCGCACUGAGGUGCUUUACUGUUUCCGUACUUACAGUUUGUAAAUUACACUCUAGCUUGAAUAAAAAUGUUUUUUUCCCUUUUGACAAAAUCAUUAAAUGUCUUAAAAAGAAUUAAAAUGA